AUGGCGUCGGCGUCCUUUGUGCCAUCCAAAAUUUUGGUAUUCGGAGGUACGGGUACCAUCGGCCGAUACAUCACAACCGCCCUGUUGCGCGCCAAACCCUCGUUCCAACAGAUUGUCCUCUUCACGUCGCCCAACAGCGCCAAAGAGAAGUCUCAGCAGCUCGAAAAAUGGAAAUCCGAAGGCCUCUCAGUGUUCGUGGGCGACCUCACAUCCGAGGCUGAUGUCACUGCUGCCUACAAUGGUGUCGACACCGUGAUCUCGGCAGUGGGCCGAGGUGGUUUGCAACACCAGAUCAACCUGCUGCGGCUGGCCGAGGCGUCGGGCUCUGUUCAGUGGUUCCUGCCAUCCGAGUUUGGCACCGACAUCGAACACAACACCGACAAGAGCCCGCACGAGCGCCCGCACCAGCUCAAACUGCAGGUGCGCAAGUACAUCCGAGAGAACAUCAAGCGGGUCAAGGUCACGUAUGUCGUAACGGGGCCUUAUUUCGACAUGUGGGUGGACGCUCUCCCUGGGGUGGAGAAGGUGGGCGGAUUCGUUCCCGAGAAGAAGCAGGCAUACGUGAUCGAGGAUGGCAACGGCAAGGUCGGCUUCUGCACGAUGCCAGAUGUGGGUAAAUUCGUUGUCGCGGUCCUGCGAUCUCCCGAGGCAUCGUUUGGCAGGGCGCUCAAGGUGCAGAGCUUCGUCGUAACACCCAACGAUGUCUUGGCCGAGUAUGAGAGGCAGACUCAGUCCAAAUGGGAAGUCACUAAGACGCCGCUGGAUGAAAUCAGAGCGUUUGAGGCCAAGGCGUGGGAAGAGGGAAAGCCAUGGGCGACGCUGGUCACCUUGCGUCGGAUCUGGGCCGAGGGCGGGACAUUGUAUGCCCAGAACGACAAUGAGGUCCUGGGAAUGAAAUCGGAGAAUCUGGACUCGCUCGAAGUCGCUGCCGAACUGAACGCUCCCGAAGAUGUCAUUACCUGCCGGAAGCAGUCAAUCUCCUCACUGGACAUGCUGUUGUGGGUGGGGUUUGGGAGCGCAGAGGAGCCAUCCGACUGCAUACCCAUGAGCCGAGCGUCCUUCGCGGCCGUAUCCGCCAUAUUCACUGUUGGCGGUCUUAUUGGCGCCCUCGCUGCAGGUCCCUUUACAUCGAGUCGUGGCCGCCGGCUCGCGAUGCAGGCCACUGCCGUAUUCUACCUCGUCGGGUCGUCUAUCGAAACCUUCGCGUCAUCCGUCCCGGUUAUGAUCGUGGCCCGCUUCCUCACCGGCCUUGGCGCAGGUGCCAGCACGGUCAUUGUCCCGCUGUACAUCAGUGAGGUGGCUCCGCCAACGAAGCGCGGCUUGUUUGGCGCCUUCACGCAGAUUAGCAUCAACGUCGGUAUCCUCUUCACGCAGACCUUGGGCUACUUCCUGAGCCAUGACGGCGCUUGGCGUUGGAUUUUUGGCUCGGGAAUGAUAAUUGCGGCUUCGCAGGCUCUCGGCCUGUUGCUUGUCCCAGAAAGUCCGACCUGGACGGCAAACGCGAAAGGGGACGUUGCGCGCGCCCGCCGGGAGCUGCAGCGAAUCCGGGGAAAACACGUCAAGAUUGAUGACGAGGUCGAGGCUUGGGGGAGCGGCCACAUCAAACCGUCUGGCGAGGAAGAAAGGCUACUGAAUAACGACGAGGUCUCGGGGGAGAGCGCGAGAUCAUUACUACAGUCUCCCACGGCGUCUCGCUCUCCAAAGGCACAUAUGGGUUUUGUGCAGGUUAUUCGAGACCCGCUUUACCGGCCAGCCAUUAUUGCUGUGGUGGGCAUAAUGUUUGCCCAGCAGCUCUGCGGUAUCAACUCGAUCAUUAUGUACUCCGUGUCCUUGCUCAAGGACCUCCUGCCCACCAGCUCAGCCCUUCUGACCAUCAUCAUCUCGAUCAUCAAUCUCGGCACAACAAUGGCGGCUUCGCCGCUACCGGAUCGGUUAGGCCGCAAGACGUGUCUCCUCGUAUCCAUUACUGGCCAAGGCUCAAGUUCCCUCGCGCUGGCGCUUUCAAUCAUGUUUGGCUUGAAGAUCCUGUCUGCAGUUGCCGUCCUGCUGUUUGUCGCCUUCUUUGCCCUUGGGCUCGGCCCUGUUCCAUUCAUCAUGGCAUCAGAACUUGUCGGCCCCGAAGCGGUUGGCCCAACGCAGUCUUGGGCAUUGGGGGCUAGCUAUAUUGCCACGUUCCUUGUUGCGUACUUGUUCCCGAUUGUUAACGAGGCCAUGAACAAGGCCCUCGGUGGCGCUGGUUGGGUGUACUUUAUCUUUGCAGGAUUUGCCUUAUUAUGGGCUAUUUUCGUUCUUCGGAAUGUCCCUGAAACUCGGGGCAAGAAAGAUGCCGACGAGGUUUGGGGUCGGACAAGACGCACUGACUGA